GGAAUAUUUUUGUUUUGCCUUCAAUUAGGGGCUGAUUGGUGUUUUCAGGGCAGGUCAGCUGUGAAAUUCGAAUUAAACAUGUGCUGCGUUGUGCACAGUGUGAGAUUUUCCCCUGCCAAUAGAUUGUAACAUGCACUUGGUCAUAAUAUCGUCUUCAGUUUGACCAGCGUUGCAAACAAUAUACCGAGUAAAAAAUAAGUACAUAUUUAUGUAUUUUGCACCUAAUCCGUUGUUUCAGUGAGGCGCCUUAAUAUGUCUGUCUAUACGUGCUACGAUGCUGUCUUUCAGAACCAUCACAUAUUCCAAACACUGAACUGCCAGCAGACGGCACUAAGACUCCUUUCAGACGUCUAUGGAAUCGCAUUCCCCCUUUUGACUAAAAGUAUUUGUUGAACAUAUAGGCAAUCUCUUGUAAAUUUAGCCGGCGGCUGGGAUCCUACGGAAUGGAUGCCGAUAGGCAGAGUGUGUGGCGCUUGUGGGAUGCAGGUAAGCACAGUGCGCACUUUUGUGUACAAGCGCAUUCACAGAAUAAAAUAUGUUACUUAUUUAUAAUAAUGUUGUUUUUGUUUUGUUUUGUUUUCUUAACCAUUUUCUAAUUACUGAAACCAGUGACAUUCUGUAAGGGCUUAAGGUUUUCAUGAUAUUAUGUGUAUUAGGUUAUAUGCAUUGUCAUAUUCAGCAGAGCAUUAAAUAAGGUCUAAACUUCACUUUUUUCCUUUUCUUUGCUAAACUGGACACAGCAAGAAAUGGGGUUAUUAUAAACUAUUUAAUUUUCGAGAUCUUACCUUUUAUUUCCAAUUAAACACAAUUUUGUUUGAUUGACUGUUAAAGAUAACCGAACGUUUGAACUUUAAAACACGAAGUGUAUUUUUUAUUUAUUUAUUUAUUUGUUUAUUUUUGUUAUUAAUUUACUGGGUGGGAAAAAUCUACUAGACAUAUAAUCUCUCAUGGUCUCCCGCUCUUUGGUUUCCGUUAGAGGGGCGUGGUUGACCCCUGCUGCACCCCGCCUACUAGGUCUGUCCUCGCUCCUACGUCACUGCGCCGAUCACCAUGCAAAUCGCUCCCGUUCUUGCACGCUAUUGGCCGCUGGUUCGGUUUAAUCGCUGUCAAAACCCGUCAUAUGGCCGCCACUUUAACUAACUCCUCAGCUCCACUAGGGAAAGUAGCUCCAAUGCGCUUUCAAUUAACGUGGAUGUAAAACAGCUGUUGGGGACAAGACAAAACAGGCUGCGGGAAGAUUAAAAAAAAAAAAAAAAAAACCAAAACAACAACGCCAGAACUUCAAACUCACAGCCACUGUUCGGAUUAAAUUCCACUUCAUUCCGGAGUCCUCUUUGCCUUGCUUGUGUUGCACCUGCUCCGGUGGACCAGCGCCGAAAGUUAAUGCUUUUUUGUAUUGGUUGAGAAGUCUUUAAAACCACGUGAAUGUAUAGCAUGAUGAUGGAGACGGACUUGCACUCCCCGGUACCCCAGACCAAUACAAACCCGGGGCAGACAGGUCCGAACUCGGGGAACAAAGCCAACCAAGAGCGCGUCAAACGCCCUAUGAAUGCUUUUAUGGUGUGGUCCCGCGGCCAGCGCCGGAAAAUGGCUCAGGAAAAUCCGAAAAUGCACAACUCUGAGAUCAGCAAGAGACUCGGCGCAGAGUGGAAGGUGAUGUCAGAAGCUGAAAAGCGGCCCUUCAUCGACGAGGCAAAAAGGCUGCGCGCCAUGCACAUGAAAGAGCAUCCGGAUUACAAAUACCGACCGAGGCGCAAAACCAAGACACUGCUUAAAAAGGACAAGUACUCUCUGGCUGGCGGUCUGCUCGGCGGAGCGGCCACGGGCGCGGGAGUUGGCCUCGGGGUGAGCAUGAGUGCAGCCGGUGUAGGCCAGAGGUUAGAAAGCCCCGGGGGUCACGGAGGCUCAGCCGGCGCUGGUUACUCGCACAUGAACGGUUGGGCAAACGGCGCGUAUUCGGGCCAGGUGGCUGCCGCCGCCGCCGCUGCUGCUAUGAUGCAGGAGGCGCAGCUCGCGUAUGGGCAGCACCCUGGCACUGGCGCACAUCACCACCAUCACCCCCAUGCCCACCACCAUCAUCCGCACAACCCGCAGCCAAUGCACCGCUACGACAUGAGCGCUCUGCAGUACAGCCCUAUAUCCAGUUCACAGAGUUACAUGAGCGCGUCGCCGCCCGGCUAUGGAGGGAUUUCCUAUUCGCAGCACCAAAACGCGGGUGUUGCGUCGUCGGCCGCCAUCGGCACGCUGAGCUCUUUGGUCAAGUCCGAGCCUAACGUAAGUCCUCCAGUUAGCACGCACUCCAGAGGCCCGUGCCAGGGAGACUUGAGGGAGAUGAUUAGCAUGUAUUUACCGGCUGGAGAGUCCGGAGAACCGUCCGUUCAGAGCAGACUGCACGCUUUACCGCAACACUAUCAGAGCACGACGGCCGGAGUAAACGGGACUGUCCCGCUCACGCACAUUUGAAAUUGUUGAAGAAUGGGAGGGGGGAUUCAGACACACCACCAAAUAUUGACCUCUUUUCGAUGGCCAUUUAACUACUUUUGUACAGAAUGUUUUAAGAUGUCCUUGUAAUUUAAGAUAAAAAUAGCUAUCAUUCCGGUUUCUGUUCCGAGGAACUCGAGAGCUGAUGAUAUGUCACUUAGACUAAACAUGUUUUUUUUUUAAUUAUACUGUUCAUGAAUUCUAAUUUGACAUUCUUCCUGGCCAUGCCAAAAAUCCCGCGAUGUUUCACCUUGACUGAAGUGUUCCUGUUCACAUAUUUAUUUGUGCAAAUUCAUUUUUUUUUAAGUUAAUAAGAUCACAUCUAGCAUAACUUGGAUAACUUGGAAAAAAUGUUUCUGGGAAUUUAUAAAGAGUUUCUUGCAUAGCCUAUUACAUUUGAAACAUUUGUACACGUGAAUCUAUGUACCUGAAAUAUGCUGUAACAUUUCUUGUAAAUUGUGAAUAAGUUUUAAUAUUUGAAAAGACUGGCACGUAACUGCUACUGUAUAUAAUUUAUGAAAUGCAUUCCUGCCAGUUUACAUCCUCACUUUGCGCUGACUCAUUGUCUAAAUAAAAUUUGGAAGAAUGUUACUAUGGUUCUAAAAUGUGUUCGUUUUGUUAUUUUGUUCAUGGCAUUGUGCAAUUGUUCCGCUCCUUCUCUCACAUCUUUAUUGGGGAAUAAUGUGCACCUAUUUGCUCUUUAGUGUAAAGGACCACCUUUAAUUGCACCCUAUAAUUCAGUCGUUAGUCGUUAUUCAACCGUCCAUCGUCGGUGUUUCAGACAACAGCUGAUUUAAAAGAAAAUAAAUAAAUAAAUAAAUUAGUUGUUAUUUCUAGUAAUGUAAGUUAACUGGAGAUUUCUUACUUUAUAGAGAAUACAAUCUCAUUAAAAAAAAAUAUAUCAUUCCAA